UGCAAAAGUUGGGCGUUAACCAAACAGGUCGCGCGGCCACUUGAUUUCCCCGCCUGGCAAGUCGGUUUCCUUCACUCGACAAUCGGAUUCUGCCCAGUUUCAAACACAGUGAAUACUGAGACGCCUCUAGAACUUUGAUCUUCAAUCAUGCCUAAGUGCCCAAAAUGCCAGAAGGAAGUGUACUUUGCUGAGAAAGUUACCUCUCUUGGCAAGGACUGGCACAGGCCAUGUCUGAGGUGUGAAAAGUGCAAUAAGACUCUCACUGCGGGAAGCCAUGCAGAGCAUGAGGGGAAGCCAUAUUGCAACAACCCAUGUUACUCAGCCAUGUUUGGUCCUGGGGGAUUUGGUCGUGGAGGAGCUGAAAGCUACAAUUACAAGAAGUGAAUGCAGGAGAUAUUUUUGGCUUCCUAUGCCUGCUGCUUACAUUAUCACUCCAGAGUAGAUAGUCUGCACUACUUGAGAGAAGACUUAAUCAGAGUUCUGUGACUCUUCUAAAAAUAUCCUUCUGCAUACCUGAUCUUGGUGAAAUUUCUUAGAGGCAAAUAGACAUAACAUCAGAUGAUACUGUAAUGUUUCUACUAAUCAGGUUUAAUUCACGGUGUUUAAGUCUGAAGCACCCCCAGUAGAAAUUGAACACAUAGAAACCUUACUUUUACGGAGUGUAAACAUUUUGCUUCCUCCUUCAUAGUUUGCAGCUGUUGGGCAUCUAAGCCACAUUCCUCAUUUUGGUUCAUGUCCAUGUUCAAAGUUCAAAGUACAUUGACUGGCAGAGACCUAUCAACUGUGACCAACAUAAAAAUAGAUGAUCAAAAUUGCUACAAACUGUUACAAAAAAUAAUAAUGGCAAAGAUUUUCAUCAAACCAGUUUUCUCAUUGCAACUUCUUGCUUUCACAACAGCAAACGAAAACAAAAUGGUGAAGAAGAUUGCAAAAAAGUUUCUUGAAAACACAGUUGCAAAGAAACUUAUUCAUUUGAAGAUUUUUGCAGUAUGACUGCUGGUUUAUUUUAAUAUUCAUUACUGGGUAAUUGUUGGAACAGUUUCUGUUUGCAAAGUGGAAUUUAACAAUCAGUUAUUUGCCUUUUGCUGCACCCACAAUCUAUACGGGUUGACUAUUAACCUCAUCCCAUGAUGCAAAGUGAUCCAAUCUCCUAAUGCAAAAAUAAACGAAACAAGACAAAAAAAACCUGUCCCAGUGUAAAAGACCAACAAUUGGUAAAAAAAAAAAAAAACCCUCAAUAGCAAGAAAGCCUUUACAAAGUUUUAUGAUCAUGCAUAGGGUACUGAAGAUGUUGAUACAUCAGAUUCACGCCUGAUGAUAGGCUGUUUCUUGUUUGACCAUUUGAAGUUUUAUUGUGAAUCCCAUCCCUUGCUUUUUUCCCUUGUACAGCCAUUGAUGUGUGGGUAGUGCAUGUUUACAGGGCAUUACGCCACCAAUACCUUUUGUGAGAGAGGGAUAGCAUUACCAGCUGGUGAGAGCUACGGGGAUUCACAACCAGACUAACAUACAUUUUCAUGUCCUUGUCCUUGCAAAUAUUCUUGAGAUGUAAUUGCCUUUGCUGAAAAUGGGAGUAGGCACAGAAUCUCUCAGAUAUCACAAUUUCUCAAAAUAGUUUGAAUUUAGAGUUUUACCUGCUACAAUUACUGAACAUGCAGUUUUAUCUAGAAAAUCUCCAUGAAUUACAUUCCUUUUCAUGUCUUGUGAAUUAUGUUUUGAAAUGGGACCAAAUCUCAAUAGUAAUAGACAUGAAAAUACAUAUAUAGAUUUUGCCAGAGACAUCUGAUCUUUUUUUGAUACUACUGACAGGUCUGGUUUUACAUUUAUUGUAGUUUUGAUUUGCAGAUAAGUACUUUCUUUGACAGAUUUGUUUUUGUGACCAAUAUUCUAUAUUCCAACAAAUCACCGCCUCUUUCUGCUUAGAUUUAAGCACAAUUUAUUUUGUGUGGAAGAUUUACAUUUUAACAAUGCAAAUUAUUAUUUUAUAAUUAGCAUUAGCAUGCUGCUUUAAAAAAAACCCUAAUGAUUUCCUGUUCUAAGGAACAUAUAUAUUGCCUUAUGCUGAUGCUCCACUUUAUGAUUUAUGACUGCUUAAAAGGUUCAUGCUCUAUUUUAUUAUAUUUUACUAUAUAGUGAAUUAAAAAAAAA